AUGAAUUAUGAACCCCUUCGACGGCCACCACUCCCUCCAAGCCGCUCGUCAAAUAACGACUUAUUACCACCAUCUUAUUCGCAUUCUCGGAAUUCAAGCCGUGCACGUUCUGAUGUGUCUUCGGAUAACACAGACGUUGGUCCUCCGUCGUGGCGUGGUAAAACAUCAUCAAAUACGCAUGUUCGUGAUAAAGAAAAAAUCAAGAGUAUUAGAAGUACCAAAAAGAACUCAACGGUUCACGGAAUCUCACAUUUCUUCUUGGAAGUAUUGCCUCGAGGGUGGACCAUCGAGAUACUUUCCUGCGCCAUGAGUGUUGCCGCACUUAUCUCUAUAGUCAUCGUACUCAACCAGUAUAAUCAACAGAGUAUGCCUUCAUGGCCUCUCGGGAUCACCCUCAAUACUCUAUUGGCAUUUUUAACUGCCGUCAGCCAGGCGGGAUUUUUAAAUCCUGUUUUUCAGGGUCUCUCGCAGAUGAAAUGGAACUGGUUUGUCAACAAGGACAGGCCGUUGUCAGACUUUGGGAAGUUUGAUAAUGCCAGUCGAGGCUCAUGGGGUAGCUUUUUACUUGUUUUUACCACAAAAGGAAGGCUUUCGAUCUUAAUGGCCACGGUGAUAUUAGUCAGCUCGAUAGUCACAUCGACGAUAACCCAAGCUGCCCUUACUCAAGGUACACGGUACAUUCCUACUGGAGGGACUGCUGAACUAUAUCUUCAACAUGGCCUCCUUUCCCCUCUGAAUACGUCUGGAACAAUGCUUUGGUCGGAUUUAUACGCUUCUGACCAUACAGAUGGCUGGGAAAGGCUGACGUCUUUUUCAAAUAGCAGCCGCCCAUAUACUGCAUUUUCAGCGACCCAGCUAAUAUAUCUGAACGAGUCAGAUGUCGCUUCAAAUGAUUUCCAAGAACCCAGUAUUGGAAAAUUGUUCAUGCCCUAUACACGCGCAAUGGAGGCACUAUUCUACAUGUGCAUAGAGACCUACAAUAUUUCAGUGGUCAACGGAACAACUUCUACAACCUUGGUUUCAACUACUUCAAAUGUCACUGACUUGAUUGUUUAUGGAUACCUUGCAGACGGGUCGAAACCAGUCAUAAACUAUAAUAGGACAUUCACGGUAGGUGGUCAAAAUUACACCUAUGCUAAUAUCGGAAAUUCGAUGGCCGAGGUAUUCCAAAGCAUGAUGUUCGGAGCAUACUACUAUCAUCAAAAUGAAGGGGGCUUAUUUGAUAUGUCACCUUUCAGCUACGCAAUGGGACAGGUGCUAUAUGAGAACCACAAACUCAAUGUCACAACAGGCACCGAGCGGGAUCCUCUCAUGCGUCAGAAUAUUGAGUUUGUUCUCGAAAACAUGGCCAAGGGAGUAACUAAUUGGCUUCGUUCACUUUACCCUUCACCUGUUCAAGGGCGAAAUUACGCCCCCGAUACAUACGUUAUUGUCCGAUGGCCUUUCAUAGCUUGCUUAGCUGUCCAAGUAACCUUCUCAAUCAUCUUCUUAGUGUGGAUAAUUCUCGAUACCAAGAUCCGGAAAGUUAAGAUUUUGAAAGAGUCAGCUAUUGCAGCAUUGUUUGCUUUAACUUCGGAGGACAGGAUAACUCUAGAGAAUCGUAUCUCAGUGGCAGACGACGAAAAAAAUGCAAAUGACGAUGUCGGGAAUACUUCCAAGGCGGCAUUGAUCAAAGGAGGCUCUGGACAGUGGAAUUUAAAGUUGGCUAACUAG